AUGAUUCCUGCAACAGAGGAAUCGCAGCAUCGAGUUCUAUCAUCCAAAACUGUGCGGGAUGCACUACAAUGGCAAUGUAUCAUAAUGGUCGCUGCCAAGCCUGUAUCGGUAGGACUCGUCAAACCUCCGACAUUCGCGCUAUCACCAAGUUCUCCUUACAACCUUUCAUUCGCCUACCACAGCAAAGUUCUCGUUUUUCAAGACUUCAUCUUUGCCCACAGCGUAUGCCAAUUCACUGCGAGCGCAAUCCUCUCCCAAAGCCAUUCACUAACUUUGACUUCAAGAAUCCCUCUGUCCAGGGCAAAGAUGACACCUCUACGACGCUGCAUCAGAGUCAUCCGAGUCAUCAUACCCACCAUAUCGUCCCACGAAUUCGUCGGAACACCCAGUGAUACUGCAGGCGGCCAUGAGCCCACCGCGCCGCCCCGAGAAUCCUCUGUGCAAGGCAUCGAUGACCUCCAUGACGCACUGCCAGAGGCAUCCGAGUCACCAUCCUCACUCACCACGUCCUCGUCCGAAUUCCUCCAAGCGCCCAACGAUGUUCCACAUAAAUAUGAGUUCACCGCGCCGCCCAUCUCCGUCCCACUGGCAGCCGCAAAGGCCGGAUGGAAGCGAGGACAUGAAAGCAUAUGGCAGAAGCAUGUUGAUGAUUCUCAAUAUCGAAUUCGGUUAAUCAGUCAGGACAUGUCUCACGAUACUCAAACAAAUGCGGUGACGUCUCGGCUGACAUCCAUUGAUGUACGCAUUGAAACUCAGCUGGUUGCGGCAGCCUGCAGAUCGGACAAAUCCCUUCCUCGGGUGGGUUGGAGACCGCCACGCAAAGCCAUUGGCGUCCAGAGACAGUCAUUGGACUACGAUCGCGUUCCAGCACUCCACCCAAUGGGCAUCAUCAAGCCUACUGCGCCGCCCAUCUCUGACCUAGUCGCCUCAACUGCCGAAAAUGAAGCAGCAGCUGCCAAUCUUCGACCCACAGUCGUCAGCGCCUACGAGCUUCCCAUCUCAGACCCACAGCCGCCAAAGCUCACUGGCCGCCCAUCACCCAACCCAAUCGCCUCAAGCGCAGACGAAAAUGUCGCAGCAGCCGCCAAAACCGCCGAUAGAGUCGCUUUCGACUACGACGCGUUCCAGCGCCGAAGAGGCAACGAGGGCAACUGGGUCGGGCAAGGCGCCGUCUACGAGUGGUCCAGAGACUAUAGAGACGUCGCGCCGCAAGUCCUGGAACUGGAGAACGUUCUCCUUGGUUCUGAGGACAUCGCGCUACGAGUUCGUGAACCAGAGAACAUUCUCUUUGGUAUUGAGCUGAUGCUCAUGAAGGCACCCACUGCACCGCCAUCGACGACAUUGAGGUCACUGUUGAGCUCGGGACGACCUGCAAAACUGGCUCCCAUUGAGAACGUAGGUUCACCUCCAUUGAUCGUUCACCGAUGCUGGCCUACACCAACUCGUCCUGCAGAAUAUCGAACUCGCCGACUGCAAGAAGCCCACGAAGUCGAGCAAAUCAGAGACACGAGGCAUGAGCUACAGGAGUGA